AUGCCUACCGACAAUGACAACUCCUCCCCACGGGUCCUUAUAAUCUCUCUACACUACCAAGAUGUGUUCGAAGAAUCAUGUGGCAGACUAUUGGCUCAACUGAGAUCGAAGGCAACGGUUCAGCUGGUGAAGGACCCGGUAUUAGCUAUCCAAGUACUUGAAAGUCGGCCGUCGGCCAUCCUCAUCACAGACGAAGCAUUGACUCUCAAGGAGAACGCACUCGUCUGGGACGCGGUCCUCCGCUGCGUACGCGAAGGCUGUACAGCUUUGCUGAUGGGCCAGUUCUCGUCUUUUGUCCAACCGAACAAGAUCCAACCUCUAGUUGCCAAGGCGGGAUUAUCUUGGGAACCUGGCGCCUAUAAUCGAACAACCGUGGUGGUCAAUCGAGCAGCAACUGGGGACGAGUUGGCUCAAAAGCUACCAACAAGUUACAGCCAGAAGGCCUUGUUCCUACAAAACGUCGCUCCCUCGGAUGCAUGGUACACGACAGAUGAAGAUUCUGUGAUUGAAUCACACGUCUUCUAUCCGGAUAGUGCCCAUCGUCCGGGACAAUCGCCAGUUGCAAUGGCUCGCGUGGGGCACGGAAACCUUGGCUACACAGGAGAUGUCAACUCUGAGCAAGGAACAGACGCUGUUGUUCUGGCGAUGUGCGGGUUGAUUUGA